GCGGCUCCAAGAGGCCGGUCCGACGGCUCCGGGCGCCCGAGCGGGGGCGGCGUGUAGCUCAAGAGGCAUGGUCCGCCCCGGCUCGGCACACCGGGCGCUGAGCCGUCGUCUGCAGCUGCUGUCCACUUGUCUUUGACUCACAUGGACUCCCCAAGAUCUCCAAAGGAAGUAGUCCUCAUUACAGGAGGAAGUGGCUAUUUUGGGUUCCGCCUAGCUCAUGCCCUGAACCAGAAAGGAGUCCAUGUGAUUCUUUUCGAUGUCCACAGCCCGGCUCAAACCCUUCCGGAAGGAGUCAGGUUCAUGGCAGGGGACAUCCGCUGCCUCUCUGACCUGGAGAAAGCCUUCCAGGACGCACACAUCGCGUGUGUGUUCCAUAUCGCCUCGUACGGUAUGUCAGGGCGGGAGCAGCUGAAUCGCAGGCGGAUCGAAGAAGUCAACGUGGGAGGCACCGAGAACAUCCUCCGUGUGUGCCGCAGGACGGGGGUGCCCCGACUGGUGUACACGAGCACGUUCAACGUCGUGUUCGGAGGGCAGGUGAUCAGAAACGGAGAUGAGUCGCUGCCUUACUUGCCUCUUCACCUCUACCCUGAUCACUACUCUCGAACGAAAUCCAUCGCAGAGAAGAAGGUGUUGGAGGCAAACGGGAUGGCCCUGGAGGGAGGCCAAGGCGUCUUAAGAACCUGCGCUGUGCGGCCAGCAGGCAUCUAUGGGCCCGGGGAACAGAGGCACCUUCCCAGGAUAGUGAGCUACUUGGAGAGGGGCCUGUUCAAGUUCGUGUACGGAGAUCCCAAGAGCCUGGUUGAGUUUGUCCACGUGGAUAACUUGGUGCAAGCCCACAUCCUGGCCUCAGAGGCCCUGAAAGCUGACAAGGGCCACGUGGCCUCUGGGCAGCCCUACUUCAUCUCAGAUGGCAAGCCCGUGAAUAAUUUUGAGUUCUUCCGGCCUUUGGUGGAGGGCCUGGGCUACCCGUUCCCGUCCAUCCGCCUGCCGCUGACCCUCAUCUACUGCUUUGCUUUCCUAACAGAGAUAGCCCACUUCCUUCUGGGUAGACUCUACAACUUCCAGCCCUUCCUCACCUGCGCUGAAGUUUACAAAACCGGUGUCACUCAUUACUGUAGCCUAGAGAAAGCCAAGAAGGAGCUGGGUUACGAGGCCCAGCCAUUCGACCUCCAGGAAGCCGUAGAGUGGUUCAAAGCCCGUGGCCACGGCAGAAGCCGUGAAGGCCGCACCUCAGUGCUCGUGGUCUGGGAUGUGGUGUUGGGCUUACUGUUGGCUCUGUUGGUUUUCACCUGGCUGCAGCCUUCUGCAAUUCUGUCUCUCUAAAAGAAGAGCUAGCUAUGAGCUGAUCCUACUUGCUGAGGUGGUGGUUAGGAAAAAAUAUAUAUAUAAAAUAUAUAUAAUAUAUAUAUAUAAUGAUGGCGUUGGUGAAACUGGCUCUUCUGAGUGCCACUUACAAAUACAUUCUUGGAUCAAAUCUUGAUUUCUACCUCCUUGCACUAACCUUGAUGACAAAGAGAAGUAUGAAAAUGGGUUUCUCGUCUCCUUCUAGUUUGGAUGGGUGCAGUGGAAGUCAGGUUGGAGCCAGAGAAGUAGGCCUAGUUAAGGUGGAAAUGUCUACUUGAAUUGCUCAGAGGCCAAAAAUAUACUGAGUUCUGUUUCCUACACUCAGUAUCUACUUGAAAUGGACUAAAAUUCAGACUGAUACGGGGAUGGCAGGACACUAAGAGGCUUGAAAGUGUGUGAAGAACACCAGAUUGGGCCCAAUCUUUAACAGAGCAGCCCUCCGAGGGUGGUGGCUACCCCAGGGGCGGCACUACCAGCGAUGCAACCAUAACCUUUGCCCUUUGUGAUAUUGGGGCACACUGCUGAUGUGACUACAUGGUAAUGUUUAAUAUUUAAACAGAGAGACCUUUGUCCUAUCUCAGGAUUCCUUUGAGUAUUAAAUCAGACAAAGCACUGUAACAUGCAACUUAAUACAAGCCAUUAUUUUAUUAGUAUUGUUACACAUUGCUUAGGAGGAUUUUCUUCCUCAGAAUAUUUAUCUUAAAGAACUGUUUUUACUGAACUUUCUGGAAUGUCUUUGUGCCCUCAGAGACUGCCACAAGUGUAUGUGAAUAUACUUUAGUGUUUUGGCCUUUGCGGAUAGAUUGAUGUUUAGGGAAUAGCUAAAAAUGUGCUGAUUAAGGAGGGUGAGCCACCCAGUCAUGCCAUUUUUAAUUUAGAACAAGUCAUAGCUCUGAGUGGACUGGUUUUCCUACUGGGAAGAAUUUUGGCUCUGUGAAGGCAACUUCCAGUGAGGAGUGUUUGGAACAGCAGCAGCAUGGCGGGACAUUGAAAUGAGACUGUCACACGGGAGCCACAGCUGAGAGCAGGCAGACUGUGCCGGCUGCAGAUCCACCCAGAGGACGGUGCUGAGACGGGAAAGAGAGGGGUUGCCGUGGAAAGUGAUGCCGAAGUUAAGCUGAGAGUAUCUGGAGAAUCCGGAUAGAGGACAAGUCCUUGUUGAAUGCUGCUGCCUCAGUGUUCUGGAAAAACCUCUGAACUUGAAGUCGGAAGACCUGACCAUGACUCUCUCGUGUGGACUUAACCAAGUAACGCGCGCCUCUUUAGAACUUGAUCUCUUCAUCUAGGACAUGAGACUGAUUGUAUUUGCCUUUUUCUACAAACUCAUACCCUACUGUGUUGGUUGUAUUCACAAAACAAAAUGUGGUGAAAGUACUUCUAAUAUAUAAAUUGCAACAUAAA